CUCCAACCAAAAAAAGUUGUACUUCCCUCCCUGGUCCUAGAGACACAGAGACAGGGGCCUGAUUUUGCUAUUAAGUAAACUUCCAUUAAAUUUCCCAGUUGUAAGAAAAAUAAGUAAUAAAAAAUAAAGUAGCUGAAGCCCGGCCCAGGUGCUCCGAUCCCGGCAGUUUAACCCCUUACAUGGGCAAUAGUAAAUGUAACAUCCAGAGUGUCAGCCGACUGGCACCCCCUGACUGGUGCAGGGAAGAUGAUGUCAAUUUGUUUCCUGGUAACUGAGAAAUAUCAGGUGGGGACUUCCAAGAUUACUUGCUGUUCUCUUGAUUAAAGACGUAAAGGAAGUCAUAUGACUUUAAAGAUUCAACAGGCUCUUUAAUCCAGUGGACGUCUCAGUGACAUACAUGCUCUUAUUAUCUGCUUCCAGCAUGAAGCCCACCAUGCUCCUCCUUGUACUACUACUCCUAACCUGUGCUGCAGCAGGGAAUGCUGAGAUCCCAAUAUAUGGAGCUGUUGGGUCAUCAUUCACUUUUCCACCAGUAAAAAUUUCUCCUGGAACUCCAUAUGAUUUAAGAAUAAGAGACAGCCAAACACUUAUAGCCACCUAUCAUGACUCUGAGAAUGUGAGGCCACCGUAUAAACACCGGGCUAGCUUCUCAAGAAAUGGGACUGACCUGAGGCUUGUUCUGAGACAACUGACCAAAGAAGACAGCAAGACGUAUGAGCAAGUGGUGAACAUGAAGGUUGUGGCUCAGAUACAUCUCAAUGUGAUUGAACCAGUGACUAAGACAACCCUCCGGAAAGUGAAUGUAACCAUAGAUGGCAGCCAAUGUCAUGUCCACCUACAGUGCAGCGCCCAGGGAGCAGAUCUCCUCAGUGUGAGAUUUCAUAAAAAUGGAGAAGAGAUCACUGGGAAAAUCACCAGGAUAAGCAAUUCCAGCUUCUUGAUUAUUGACCCCUUGGAUCCAGGGUCUGCCAAGACCUACACCUGUGAAGCUUGGAACCCUGUAGGAAAUGAGACGUCUCCAGAGAUUCUAUUGCCAUCUACUGACAAUGAUAAGUGCAAGAAUGCAACAUGGAACCCUCGAAACUCGUGUAUCAUCGUAGUUGUCGUCCUUGGUAUCAUCAUUACUGCUUUCCUACUUUACAGGAAAUGUCAACACACAAGUGGAGAGAAAGCACCGCUAAUCAACGAGAAACCAUCUGAAGAGGAAAAAAGUGAAGAUUCCUCCUGUAUAGUACCUGAUCCAGAAGAACCUGGAGACAUGACCCUGGGCAAUGGCCAGGGGGGGCCAACAGCCGAGAAUAUCCAAAACAGUUCAGAUCCAGGUCAUUGUGGACAAGAAGAUAAAUCCAGCGUGGAAUUAAAACCCCUUGUCUCGGUCCCUGACGGUGGUCAAGAAGCUAUUGGAUGAUGUAUAUGCAGCCAGCCAGUCGCAGGGGCAACACGUGAGGUGCAUGGUAGACUGAUGAGGGGCCAAAUACUAUAACACACUGUUAUGGGGGAAUCUGUGGAUGACACUGUUAUGGGGGA